AGCUCCUCUGGCUCAGUGUCUCCAUGGUGAAGUGGGCGGGGUCUGAUGUCAGCCCCGCCUCUUGACGACCCUCCCGCCAUGCCCACCAUGGUUUCUAGGCUGCCCAAGUUCGGGUCACGGCCCAAAUCCGCCGCACCUUCCAGUGGCGCUCAGACGGAUCCGGCUGCCACCGCGAGCUCUGGCACCUUCACCAGCGCCGCCGCUACCAGCAGCACCCGCCUCACCAACGGGUUCUACCACCACCCCGGCCCAGCAGGGGGCAACGGCAGUUUAACGGCGCCCCCCGCUUCCGUUAAGCAGAAUGGAUUCAUCAGAGUGCCGACGGCGUUUUCCAUGAAAUGGAGGAAAGAAAAUGGGACGGUGGAGGAUGGAGGGUCGGACGGAGAGAGGGAGUGGAGAAGAGGGAAGGGCGGGAACGUCGGGCAGAAUCGCUCCGGUAGCAACGUCCAUCAGUAUUAUUCCCAACAGGGAUCGCCAGUGGUGUCUCAGCGGGACGCCAAGAAGCCAACCACGUCUUCUGCAGGAAAGGGGCGUGGCUUUGGCCUCCCUGUAACAUCCUCAUCGUCGCCGUCGCCACAGUCCAGCCCCAGAACUCUUCCUGUCUCUAAAAGUGGAUCUUACGGUUCCAAACCGAGUCAGACUGCAUUUGGGCUAAUCAGUAGCACAAAACAGACCCUAAACGGUCUUUCUGGAUCCAAACCACGGAGCGGAACCAAUGGUUUUCUGAGACAGCCUCACAGCUUUGCUCGUUGUGGCGGUUCAAGGCCAGGUUCUGGUCCCGGUUCUCGAUCUGGUUCCCCCCUCGAGAAGAAACCCCCGGCCGGUCGCUCCCUCUCCAGUGACAGCCUCGGAUCCGGUCCUUCCGUCCAGCUGACUGACAGGGAUCGUUUUCGGUCACGUAGCCUGACCCAGGUUCGACAGCAGCCCUCCCCCCCCCUCACCCCGUCCUCCGUCUCCUCCUCCUCCCUCUCUCUCAACCCCACCGGCUCCUACUCCACCAACAGGUCUGCCGGGCGAGGACUCAAGGAGCUGACGGCUCCCUCCUCCGCUCAGGCUCCACCCAGAGGCAGCUCCGCAAAAUCCCCGGUUACCAGCCAGACUCCUGAGGGAGGGGUCAAAAGUUCUGCCGCUCCGGGGAGGUCCGGGCUCCGCGUCCCCUCCCUGCUGCCGCCCUCUGCCUUGAAGAAGCCCCUCCUACCCGCCGUUGGCCCCGCCUCUAAGCCCAGUGGCAUCAGCUAUAAGCUCUCACGCCCAUCACUCAUCAAGCAGUCCCGCCCCGUCCGAGUGACCCCAGCCAAUGACCCUGGAGGUGACCCGGAAGUGAACCUCGCACUGACAGCGAGGAGACACUCUGUAGAGACGCCUUCUACCACAGACAACAGCCCAGAAAGUACCCCAGAGGCUCCGGAGACAGGGGGGCUGUCUGCAGAGCCAGCAUCCCAGGUAGAGGUGUCUAUUGUAGGGGAGACGCUGGAGGACAUGUCCCUGUCCUCCACCUCGUCCCUGGAGAGAAAUGACACGAGUCAGGAGUAUAUGGACGACUUUGACAACCUCGGGAACGGCGGGGAGGGCAUACUGCUUCUUUCCUCUAAAAACGACGAAGACGACUCAGGGCUCGACCAAUCGUGCGCCAGGUUCGACGAUGACCAAGUGGCUGUACGUGGCGUUUCCAAGGCGGCGGGUCUCUGUUUUCUGGACGACGGUAUGGACUGGGCCGCCAUGAGACUCGGCGGUGAGCGAGGGGGGGAGCAUCAGCUGACCCAACUCUCCCGUCGGAGGAGGUCCAGUCAGCCGGACUACCAUGACCAGGGCGGCUCGUCCCUGGACCUGUCCCCCUCGGACAGCUGUGGGUCUGGAGGAACCUACAUGUGGGACGAGGAGGGCCUGGAGCCACUGGGGGUCGCCGCCACGACCGCCUCCAUCAACACCAACAGCAACACCACCCAUCACAUCGGGAGCUUCGACUCGGACAUCAACAGCAUUGACAUCUUGAACAACCUGGACUCUUGUGAUCUGGAUGACGAUGACCUUAUGCUGGAUGCAGAUUUACCAGAAGAUGCCUCACUGCAUAGCGAUGGAGACGGCAUUACCCACAUGGCUCAGUGGAGGAUGAGACAGCUCUGCUGGGGAACUCAGGACAUCCACAAUGACAAUGAAAGUGUUUUCCAGUGCUAUAAACUGACUGAGGAUCCUGGGAAUAAGAGGACAGACACGACCGGGGACAGCGACCUCAUUCUGGACCUCUGUCCUCCAAGGUCUCCCGGCCUGUCUCCUGGUACUCCUGGUUUGGGUCUCGAUGUGGAGGAACUGGCUGAAGACUGUUCGGCAGUCAGAUCACAGCUGGAGUACCUGCAGAGGUUACUGCUUCAGGAGGAGGAGGUGGACGAUGACACUCUGACCACAGACACUCUGAGUCCUGAGACCCACGACUCGUACCACAGCUCGGACACACAGGUGCAGACUCUCCUGCAGGAGGUGCAGCAGCUCAGAGAGGAGCUGAGAAGCCGAGACCGAACCAUCGCACAACUCACCCUGCAGCUGACUGUUCCGGCGGUGACCACCAGGUGUCGCUGCCAGGAGGCGACAGGGAGGAUGGAUCGACACACGCAGACGAGCGUGACGGAGAGAGAGAGCGUGGCCUCGCAGACGCCCUGGACAGAGCACACAUCACAGAUACUUCACUCCUCCAGCCAGGACGACCCGCUGCCACUGACGGACCGCUGCCCAGAUCUGCCUCCAGCUAACGCCUGCUCCACCCCCGCUGAUAGCGCCCCGGACUGUCCCGACACCAACGCCACUGACCCCGUGACUGACGGAGGAAAGGAUCACGGGAAGAGAGCGGCGAAAGAGGAGGAGGAGAAAGAAAAGUCAAAGGAGAGGAAAGGUCUCUACAACAGAUCCCUGCAGCUCCCCCAGGCCUCGAAGCUCCGCCUCUUCCUGUCCCAGACCUCCAGACUGGCCUCCAGCUCUGCCUCAGCUGCCGCCACGCCGCCGAGAACGAGGGCGGCCAAGCAGCCGUCUCAGGAUCCAGAGAGCAACGGCACUUCUGGGGUUAAGAUCAGAAUGCCGGCCUUCGCUUGCAGCUCCUCCCGCCUCCCCAAGCCAAAGAGCCACUGAGCCGCCGGUCUCGUAAACCGCCUUCCUAACACGCCGUCGUGUGAAGCCUCGUGUUUUGUCGCUGCUGCUGAGAAACCGCACUUCCUGUAUCUCUAAACCCUGAUUAUAAUAGUCUGUGUACGAUGUGACGGACCGUUAAUUUAUUUAAUGAUGUUGAAAUAUAUAGUUAACUUAUUUAUUGUUAGUAUUUUGAGCACUUUGACUCAUAAUAAACUUGCUAACACUUCA